AUGGACGAGCGGCUACUGGGGCCGCCCCCUCCAGGCGGGGGCCGGGGGGGCCUGGGCUUGGUGGGUGGGGAACCUGGGGGGCCUGGCGAGCCUCCCGGUGGCGGAGACCCCGGUGGGGGUAGCGGGGGGGUCCCGGGAGGCCGAGGGAAGCAAGACAUCGGGGACAUUCUGCAGCAGAUAAUGACCAUCACCGACCAGAGCCUGGACGAGGCCCAGGCCAAGAAACAUGCCCUAAACUGCCACCGAAUGAAGCCUGCUCUCUUUAGCGUCCUGUGUGAAAUCAAGGAGAAAACCGGCCUCAGCAUUCGAAGCUCCCAAGAGGAAGAGCCGGUGGACCCACAGCUGAUGCGCUUGGACAACAUGCUUCUGGCAGAGGGUGUGGCUGGGCCUGAGAAAGGGGGGGGCUCAGCAGCAGCAGCUGCAGCCGCUGCAGCCUCCGGGGGCGGUGUGUCCCCUGACAACUCCAUCGAACACUCAGACUAUCGCAGCAAACUUGCCCAGAUCCGCCACAUCUACCACUCAGAGCUGGAGAAGUAUGAGCAGGCAUGUAAUGAGUUCACGACCCACGUCAUGAACCUGCUGAGGGAGCAGAGCCGCACGCGGCCUGUGGCACCCAAGGAGAUGGAACGCAUGGUGAGCAUCAUCCAUCGAAAGUUCAGCGCCAUCCAGAUGCAGCUCAAGCAGAGCACUUGCGAGGCGGUCAUGAUCCUGCGUUCCCGCUUCCUGGAUGCCAGACGAAAACGACGUAACUUCAGCAAACAAGCCACUGAGGUCCUAAAUGAGUAUUUCUAUUCUCACCUGAGUAACCCAUAUCCUAGUGAGGAGGCUAAGGAGGAGCUUGCCAAGAAGUGUGGAAUCACCGUCUCUCAGGUCUCCAACUGGUUUGGCAACAAGCGGAUUCGCUAUAAGAAAAAUAUUGGAAAGUUCCAAGAGGAGGCAAACAUCUAUGCCGUCAAAACUGCCGUGUCAGUCACCCAGGGGGGCCACAGCCGCACCAGCUCCCCAACACCCCCUUCCUCCGCAGGCUCUGGCGGCUCUUUCAAUCUCUCAGGAUCUGGAGACAUGUUUCUGGGGAUGCCCGGGCUCAAUGGAGAUUCCUACUCUGCUUCCCAGGUGGAAUCACUCCGACACUCAAUGGGGCCAGGGGGCUACGGGGAUAACCUCGGGGGAGGCCAGAUGUACAGCCCUCGGGAAAUGAGGGCAAACGGCGGCUGGCAGGAGGCUGUGACCCCAUCCUCAGUGACAUCCCCGACAGAGGGACCAGGGAGCGUUCACUCUGACACUUCCAACUGAUCUCGCCCCUCAGGGCUACAGGGGUAUGGGGCUCACAAGGCGACUCUUGAAGAGGACGCAGGCAUCCAGAGGACAAACCCCAGACACAGGAGAAGCACAAGACAGAGACGGGCAAAUGGGGUCGUCCCUCCCCCACCAGACUCUCUCAGUGCUGGGGGUGCUGAUUACAUAGCAGGGAGAAUGGAGUCCCCUAGAGGAAGAGUGGGGUCUGUCUCCCCCUUUUUUCCUUCUUUCAGUCUUUUUUCUCCCUCCUUUUCUUACACAGAAACACACACACCUAUCUUUCAGAUCCCUUUCUCCUCUCUCUGUCCCCCACUCUCCCUCUCUCAUAUACACACACAUACAACUAUUCUGUUUCUCUUUCUCUCUCUGGGCUCUCCCACUCUCCCUCCCCCACCCCACUUAUCUGCUCUGGGAUCUGUGGAGACGCCAGCCCUGCCUGACCAGAGAUGCCAAAAAUGGGGACACAACUUCUGGACAGAGGACAUGGGCCACGCCCCUGUGCCUCCCCACCCCCUGCCCCUCCAGACGGCUUUAUUACCUCAUACGCAGCUCAUCUUAAACCAAUAGAAUCGCUCGGUGGACGAGAGUGUCUGACUCAGAUAUCUACCUCGGAGGGAGUUUCUGCUACUUUAGGGAAUUGUUGACUGGGCUUUGGGGUUGAACUUUUUUUUUUU